UGCGCAAGUCUGCAUCGUUUAGUUGUCUCAUCUGACAUGAUGUUAACAAUAGCAUUGAUUUUGUUUUUCACAAACCCGCUUGAUGCGGCCAGUGUUAAUAUUUAUAAAUCUUAUAAAAAUUAUAAAGUGUUGGAAGUGUUAGGAGAUGAGAGCAGCUUGCGAAACUUUGUGACCAUGAUGACGUCCCGUUAUGCGGUGCCUUUUUAUCAACUCACAAAAGGAAAAGUUGAGAUACUCGUCGCCCCAGAAUGGACUCCAACGUUGGACAAAAUUAUGGAAUUCGAAAAUCUGAAUGUCAAUGUCCUAAUUGAAGAUUAUUCGAAAAUAAUAAAUGAAGAAAAACUCAGUUUGAACCGUAAAUUGGGAUUCUCCUGGACGGCCUACCAUGACGUAAACGACAUCUACAAGUACCUUGAAGACGUAAACAAAGCCCAUUCAGAUUGGACAGAAGUUAUCGUGGGCGGUGAAAGUUAUGAGGGCCGUAAAAUCCAAGGCAUCAGGAUCAAUACGCCUACUGGAGAUGAGAACAAACCGGUUAUUUUCAUUGAAUCAGGUAUUCACGCUCGGGAAUGGAUCACGCCGGCCACGACCACAUACUUCAUCAACCAGCUUGUAACAAGCAACAAUCCGAACAUAACUGCGCUGAGGGAUCAAUUUGACUGGCGCAUCUUCCCGUCAGUCAAUCCUGAUGGAUAUCAGUUUAGUUACUACUCUGACCGUAUGUGGAGGAAAACCAGGUCACUAUCACCGAAUGGAUGCAUCGGAGCUGAUCCUAACCGUAAUUGGGAUUACAACUGGCUGAAACACGGUGCGUCGAACAAUCCAUGCGAUUAUCAAACGUAUGGUGGCUCAAAACCGUUCUCGGAGGUGGAGACUAAGACCCUGUCUGCGUACAUCGCCAGCAUCGAGAACCUGCAGGCUUACGUCGCCUUCCACUCUGAUGCUCAGAUGCUGCUGCUCCCAUACUCUGAUUCUAAAACUCACGUUGAUAAUUACGAUGAUUUGGUGACAGUAGGUAAAACCUCCCUGAACUAUGGACGUGCAGUCAAUGGGAAAGUAUACCGUGGGCCCGCGACAGCCGCUGAAAUUCUGUACAAAGCCUCAGGCGGCAGCAUGGACUGGGUCCGCGACGCACUAGGCACGCCCCUCGUCUUCACUUAUGAACUCCGGGGCACAUACUUCCAUUGGCCUGCGUACAGAAUACCCGAACAGGGAGAGGAAGUCACCCAAAUGCUUUUGGGACUCGUCACCGAAGCUAAAAACUUGGGAUAUUUUUAAGUUGUGAAAAUUAAAAAUGUCGAUUAAAUAUUUUAAAUGUUA